AAUAAGCCGCUGUUAGCUUAGAGUGCUGACAGCGGUUGAGCAGCUGUUGACCUUCCGUUUUCUGUCCGCGGUGAAACAUGGCUCUGAGCCGUCUGGAAAAGGCUCAGGUAUGGCUCUUCAAGGCGGUCAUGGGAGUCUUCUCCCUCCUGCUUCGGUUCCUCUCCCCUCGGAGACCCACCGUGUCCGGGAAGAAGCUGCCGCCCGUCAGCAACCCGCUGCUGCUCCUGUCAGCGACGCAGCUCGCCAAGAAGAUCCGGCGGAGAGAGGUGUCAAGUGUGGAGGUGGUGCAGGCUUACAUUGACCGGAUCCAGGAAGUUAACCCUUUAUUGAACGCUGUUGUAAAAGACAGGUUCGCUGCUGCCCUCCAGGAGGCGGCCCAGGUCGAUAAGCUGAUCGAGGAGGAGACUGGAGGAGAGGAGGUGCUGGAGGACCGACUGCCUUUACUGGGAGUGCCGUUGUCUGUCAAAGAGUCCUUUGCCCUCCUGGGUAUGCCCUUCACUACAGGCAUGAUCUCCAGGCGAAGAGUCGUAGCCACCGUCGAUUCUCCACUGGUGGCCCAGUUGAAGAGAGCGGGGGCCAUCCCGCUGGGCGUCACCAACACUAGCGAGCUGUGCAUGUGGGGCGAGUCACACAACCACCUCUACGGCAUCACCAGCAACCCGUACGACCUGGAGAGGACAUCAGGAGGAAGCUCAGGGGGGGAAGGCAGCAUACUGGGAGGAGCAGGUGCAGUCAUCGGCGUGGGCUCAGACAUCGGUGGCAGCAUCCGCAUACCCUGUUUUUUCAAUGGGAUAUUUGGUCAUAAAACCACUCCAGGUGUCGUAUCCUGUGAGAACCAGUACCCUCCUACGUCUGGCAGACAGGACGAGUACCUCAGCAGUGGUCCCAUGUGCCGCUACGCCGAAGACCUGCUGCCUAUGCUCAAGAUCAUGGCUGGACCCAAAGCUCACAUGUUGUCCUUAAAUACAAAGGUUGACCUCAAGAAGCUGCGGUUCUUCACCAUCCCUCAUGAUGGCGGCAGUGCUUUUACAUACCCGGUCAGCAAAGACCUCAUAGACAUUCAGAGGAAGGUAGUGAGGCGUCUGGAAGCCGAUUUCGGAGUGAAAGUCCAGGAAGUGCAGUUUCCGGAGCUCCGCUAUGGCUUCCAGAUCUGGGACACCUACAUGGGUCUUCCUGACAAGGAGGGAAAGCCUCCCAAGCCAUUUGCUGAGCUGAUGGGUGAACCAGGCCGACCAGCGUGGCCUGUGUGGGAGCUGCUGAAAUGGAUGAUAGGAAAAUCAGAACACACACUGGCUGCUAUUGGUGUGGGCCUGCUUGAAGUGACACGGAGCUCCAAAGCCUCAUCCUUCAUCAUCCAGCAAAAGGAGAAACUGCAGAAGGAAGUAGAAGAGCUACUCGGCACUGAUGGUGUUUUUUUUUACCCCUCGCACCCCAGAGUGGCACCCAAACACCACCACCCACUCUUCAGACCCUUUGACUUCACCUACACCGGCAUCAUUAACAUCCUGGGACUGCCGAUCACACAGUGCCCUCUGGGUCUGAAUGAGGAAGGUCUGCCUCUGGGUGUGCAGGUUGUUGGUGGGAAGCUGCAGGACCAUCUCACCCUCGCUGUGGCUCUCUACCUGGAGAACACAUUUGGAGGCUGGAGGGACCCUGGAGCAAACUAAAACCAUACAUUCACAUGCUAACAGCCAUUACCAAAUCUCCAGACUGGUCCAAGGUGAAGAUUGUGGUCCACUCAUGCCUACCUUGCUGCCUGGUGCAGUACACAAACACAGAGAGGUACAGUCAGCACUGUACCUCCAGUGACAGAUUGAUUUUUGCACUAAUGAGGAAUUAAUCAUUCCAGUUUCUGUCAUGAUUUUAUCACUUAACCUGUUCAGAGCCAGUUAUAUCAUGAGCACAAGCUUUAAAAAUGUUGACAAGAUGUGAAGAAAUGUCUGUUAACAUUCACAUUAUCACACAAGACAAGGUUUUUGGGCUGUUCAUGAGAAUUAGAUGUCCUGUGCUUUUGGACCAGUCACACAUGUAAAUACAGACUUACUAUCUUAAGUCAAAAGGUCACUAAAUGACAGGUUUAGUGUUUUAAAAAGCCUAAACACACUCACCUCAGGUUGUUACUGUUCUAAUUGGACCUCUGCUCAGGUUCAUGCUUGGUGCUUUCAUGAACCUGAAUCUUUCAAGGUGUCAUUUGUGCUGCACUGAGAGCUGCAACCAAUCAGAGAGAUGACAAUCAAGUGUGGGCUAAACAUGCUCACACAUCAAAUUCAUUUCAAGAGCACAUUUAAAAAGAAAUGCUGACCUAAGUGCUUCACAGAGAUGGAAUUUGGUGGUCUGAAGAGCCAGAAUAUGAGACACCUGUGCACUGCGGAUGUAUUGAGGUCUAUCGUUAAUCCUAACAACAGGCAUCGGUGUAAAGAGGAUAAAAAGGAUAAGACUUACCUGACAGUGGUGUACAUAUACUGGCAAAAAUGUGCAAAACCUUUACUGCAUGAUAAUGUGAAUGUUGCAGAGUAGCGGUUGAUCGACUGCGGUGCCCGUUUUAUGUUGCAACUCAUUUCUGUCAAUAAAAAAAAGGUCAAAAUCUUUUCUCAUAA